AUGGACGACGAGCGCCAGGCGAGUCGCCGCGCGCGUCUGCAGCAGCUGCAGGCGAAGAUGAGCGCGUCCGCGUCGGCGAACCGCAGCGAUGUCGCGGAAGAGCAGGCGUCGCGACGCCAGUCGUCUCAGAAGCACUCCGUCGGCACGAACCGCAAGCUCGCCAAGGCCGAGCGCCUGCUCGACGAGCGCGACAUGCGCGAGGCCGGCAAGGACGUCGAGCGCCACCGUGCGAUGCAGUACUCGAUUGAGGAGAACGAGGCAUGGGAAAAGAAGCUUGAAGAUAAGGAGCAGACACGCGACAAGGGCGCAAUUGACUUUCAGGACCUCGCCGAGCGGUCGUACCAGCGCCAGAUCCGGCAGCUCAAGCCCGACACGGCGGCGUACGCAAAGCAGAAAGAGCAAGAGGACGAGCGGCAGGUCGUGCGCACCUCGGAGCGCGGCCUCGUCCCGGCGGCCGAGGCAAAUGUCCCGGCGGCGGUGGCCACCUAUGGCGCCCACAAGCCGGACGACGCGGCAGUCGACCGCCUCGUCUCGCACCUGAACAACGAACAGGACCAGAUCCGCCGCCGCUCCCGCCGGAGAGAAGACGACCCCGACGCGGAAAUCACGUAUAUCAACGAAAAGAACAAGCACUUUAACAAAAAGAUUAAGCGCUACUUUGACGAACAUACGAAAGAGAUUCGCGAGAACUUGGAACGAGGCACGGCCCUGUAG